AUGGCAGCUCCAGCAAGUGUUGAUAUCAAGAAGCUCGAGGGGAAAUGGGUCAUGAACAAGUCCCUCUCGGAUGCGUUCGAUGCCGUCCUCGCCCUGCAGGGCAUGGGCUGGCUGACGCGCAAAGCCCUCGGCGCAGCAACCGUAACCCAACACCUCUACCAAACCACCAUAGACGGCGAAGACAACACGCCAACGACAGAGAUCAAAAUCGAUCAACUCAUCACCGGCGGCAUCAAAGGCUCCACCGAGACCCGCAUCCUAGACUGGCACUACCGCGAGCACGUUGACAGGCUCUUCGGCACCGUCAAGGGACGGUCGCGCUACAUUGCCCUAGCCAAGGCAAUCGAAGAAGGAAAGGCUGCAGGUGUGGGCGAGGAAGAUGCAAAGUACGUGGCAGAAGGGUGGUUGAAGGAGACAGAAGAAGGAGAUGUUGUCGAGAGCUUUGUGGAAAAUGAGGCAAACAAAUGGACUGCGUGGCAGAUCUGGGGGUUCGCGGAUAUUGGGGGUGAGAGGAAGCUGACGAGGAAGUUUGUGGUUAGGAAGGUGGGGAGUGAUGAGGUUGUUAGGGCGUUGGUGCAGAUCGUCAUUUUCGCCAUGGGCACGUUUAACAUGGCCGAUACGAGCUUUCUGACGGAUCUCUUCCUUGCCCUUAUCGUUCUGACAUCUACGAUUCUUAUCCUGAUGCUGCUUUGCCUCAUCAUCCGCCUCAUCAAUCGACACAAGAGAAAAGCCAGUCAACAACCAGCCCAGGAGCCCGCUCUACUGGAUCUCGAAUCCGGCCGAGAGUCCCGCCUAUCGCAUCGCCUUUCGCGGCAACAAAUACAACAGGAGCACUACGAAGACCUACAGCAACGCUACUCGUCCGUACCGCCAUCACCAUCGAUCGAAUUACUCCCCGAGAUCAAGACGAGCGCAAGUGAUGACAGAGCGAGCGAGUGGUUGGAGCGCGGAGUUACGGACGAAGGCAUCAAUGUGGUUCAUGGGGAUUUGGGGGAGAAGAAGUCGGAGAUGACACAGGCGGUGGUGGUUAGGCCGAAGAAACAGUUGAGGUGGGAGUGGAGGGAUGGGAAGGUGGAUAAUGGCGCUGUACCGAAGAGAUCUAGGGUCAUUGAACGGACGGAUAAGGAUGGGAUCGUGUGUAGGGAGUAUCGGACGGAAUGA